AUGGCUGAACCAAAGAAAAGGUCUUCCUUUCAAACCAGUAAACCCUGCAAGAAGCCCAAGAAGAAAACUUUCAAGCUAAAUCACCUCCCUGGAUUAUCUGAAGAUUUGAAGACUAUGAGAAAAAUCCGUUUCGUUGUGAAUGAUCCUUACGCUACUGACUAUUCAUCUAGUGAAGAAGAGGAAAUGAGUCAGCAGCAGAAGAAACGUUAUGUCUGUGAGAUCAACCUUCCUUUCUCUCAACCCACUAGUCAAGCAGAAUCUGAAAGCUCAUAUUGUCAGGAGAGUAACAAUGGUGCCAAAAUCUCUACUUGUAGCAAAAAGGGUUUAAGCAGCAAAGCCUCCUCUCAGGUUUCUAAUGUCACCAAGCCUGUUGGUGUUAGGCAGAGGAAAUGGGGCAAAUGGGCUGCUGAGAUUAGACAUCCAAUCACCAAAACAAGAACUUGGUUGGGUACUUACGAGACGCUUGAACAAGCAGCUAAUGCUUAUGCUACUAAGAAGCUCGAGUUCGAUGCGUUGGCUGCAGCUGCUUCCUCUGAGCUCUCCGUGAAUGCUCUGUCUGAUUCAAUUGAGUCUGAUUCUCUGAUCUCAGCCUCAGGGUCUAAUGUUGAAGUUGUGUCAAGCAUUGAUCUUGAUAAGAAGCUAGUUGAUUCUGAAGCUGUUAUAUCGAAGAAAGCGUGUUUUGAUUUCGAUUUCGCUGAUCUACAGAUUCCUGAUAUGGGAUGCUUCGUUGAUGAGUCAUUAGUCUCAAAUGUUUGUGAGCUUGAUUUUCUCUUAACAGAAGAGAACAACCAAUUAUUGGAUGAUUACUGCGGCAUAGAUGAUAUGAACAUCAUUGGUCUUGAAUGUGACGGUCCAAGCGAACUUCCAGACUAUGAUUUCUCAGAUGUGGAGAUCGAUCUCGGUCUCAUUGGAACUACCAUCGACAAGUUUACUUUCGUCGAUCAUAUUGCAACAACUUCUACCGCUCCUCGUAAUAUCGCGUGCCCAUAA